UCCGGCUCCGGUGCAUUCUCUCGCCCUUGUCAUUUCGCUUUCCAACUUGCGUGUACAUACAUGCGCGCGCUCACGCACGAGAGAGCCGUCAGUUCUUGGCUUCUUGCAUGCCGCCGUUGACCGCCAUGGCCCGGCGGCGGGUCCGGACGUGGGCUGCAGCCGUCGCCACGGGUGUGUUCGUCGUCGUCGUCGCUGCUGCUUCUGCUGCUGCGGCGGCGGGGGUCGAGGAGAAGCUGAUGGUGGACAUGACUCUCGUCCCAGGCGCCGCGUCGACGGGAGCAGUGUGCCUCGACGGGAGCCCGCCGGCGUACCACCUCCACCAGGGCUCCGGCGCCGGCGCUCGCGGCUGGCUGCUCCAGUUCGAGGGCGGCGGUUGGUGCAACGACGCGCGGUCGUGCGCCCAGAGAGCCCGCAUGUCACUAGGUUCGAGCAGCCUCAUGAACAAGCUCGAGGUGUUCUCCGGAUUGCUCAGCAACGAUCCCGCCAUGAACCCAGAUUUUUACAAUUGGAAUAGAGUGAAAAUUCGAUACUGCGAUGGCGGCUCCUUUGCGGGCGAUUCAGAGUUCAGAAAUGGUUCUUCAGUCAUCUACAUGAGAGGCCAGAGGAUAUGGGAUGCAAUCAUCACCGAUCUGUUCCUGAAAGGCCUUGCGAAAGCCGAAAAGGUGCUGCUCUCAGGCUGCUCAGCAGGAGGUCUAGCUACGUUCUUCCACUGCGACGACCUCGAGGAGCGUCUCCGAGGUGUAGCCACGGUGAAAUGCAUGAGCGAUGCAGGGUUUUUCCUUGAUGUGGACGAUAUUUCCGGCCACAGCACCGUCAGGUCUUUCUUUAACGGGGUAGUCGAUUUCCAGGGGGUUCAGAAGAAUUUGAACAAAAACUGUUCGGAUUCGACGGUAAAAUCUUAUCAGUGCUUUUUCCCGCAAUAUGCGCUUCGGAGCAUGAGAGCCCCCUAUUUCAUCUUGAAUUCAGCUUACGACGUAUAUCAGUUUUUUCAAAAUUUUGUGCCUCCUUCGUCUGAUCCUAGAGGUCAAUGGAGUCGCUGCAAGGCGGCCCUUAGCGCAUGCAGCUCAUCCCAAAUUGCAACUCUCCAAGGCCUGAGAAGCGCAAUGUUAAUGGCUCUGAAACCGUUCGAAGGCGAAUCGAAGGUGGGGAUGUUCAUCAAUUCUUGCUUUUCACAUUGCCAGAGCGAGUCUCAGGACACAUGGUUUGCACCAAAUUCCCCAAGACUACAUGACAAGGCAAUUGCGAAGCUUGUUGGUGAUUGGUACUUUGAAAGGGGUGCCGCCCAAGAAGUUGACUGCCCCUAUCCUUGUGACUCGACUUGUCACAACAUUAUACCAUCUAACUAGGUUAGGCCACUGAGUUUUAGGGCGUCAAAACCUGUCACCGUUGAUGGUGCCGACAGUCUAGCUUCGGCUUCUUGGCUUGCUCUUCUCCGUAGUCGAGCUUGCGCUCCAAGACAUGGCUGGCGAUGGAAUUUUGCCAUGAAAACAUGUGUUCUCCCCCUGAAAGAAAGGAAAAGUUGUUUCAUGAGACAAGGUAGAGAUCAGAAUGCCAGGAAAUGUGCAGAAGGCCACCUAUAUAAGGGCUAUCCGCUAAUUACAACUCUAGUUAUUAUAGCCUAAUUUUAUUCAACAAAAAAAAUUUAACAGUACAAAACUGUCUGGAGACCGCCUGGCUUUGUCUUAGAUACAUGGAAAGAAAAAGAAAAACGAAAGGAAUAAAGAUGCUUUCAUUGAGAGUUGAACUCAA